AUGCUUUUGACGAACGAUGCUGGGAUUGUUUGGGAAAAUAUGGUGAGAGAGAUGGAGAUGGCUUGGGCCUAUGACAUAUACAGCUCGGCGGACCGUCGUGUUAGGGACACGCACUAUGUGCCUGAUCUGGAGCUCAAUCAGCACUGCCAAGGCGGGCAAGAUCUAAAUGCCACGCAUCAGAACAAGGCCGAAAGCUACCUCGGGAGAUUGAUAUAUGCCAAAAACCAAAUUGCGCCGUUUAACGAAGUAAACACCAGGGGAAAUGCUGAAUCGUCCACUGCAGUAGCCACCAUUCACAUAGCUGGUGAUGAUAUCCUGAAAUACUGCGGACUCGGCCGCGACGCAUCAAGCACCAACACUCAUACUGUACAUAUAAUACACUCGUAG